AUGGCUGCCAAAGAUUUCCCCGCCCUUUCGCCCGAAAACGAAAAAGAGCUUGUCGAAAGACUCAGCCAGUGGGCGUUGGCCAAUGGUCUCGUGAUGUACCCACCCAAUUGGCAACUCCACUCGGCCAACAAUGCUCCAAUCACCAUGUUCCCCACGCCGUUUCCCAAGGACUUGUUUGAAGAUGCCAUGAAGGUGCAGACCACGUUUAACAAGCUCUACGCCAAUGUCGUUUCCAAGGAGAAGGUGUGGCUUGUCGAUUUGAUCAAAAGUUUGGCAGACUUCGAUAAGGACUUCACUGGGAAAUUGUACGAGACAUAUGUCAAGGCUGUUGAGUCCAGCAACGGCACUUUGCCCCAGCCAUUGAGUUUGGGCGUUUUCCGUUCUGACUACAUGUACAACCAGACGGACCAUACGAUCAAGCAGAUCGAGUUCAACACGGUGAGUAUCUCGUUUGGCGGCUUAUCUACCAAGGUAGGAGCUGCUCAGAACUACCUCAACAAAAGCGGAGUCUACGAUAACGACUAUUCUUUGAAAUACUACCAGCCAGACGAGGUGCCGGUUUCUGAGUCGAUCGAUAAGAUUGCUUCUGGGUUGGCUCAGGGCAACUACUUCUACAAUGACGAGGUCGACAACCAAAAAACGGUUGUGCUUUUCGUUGUUCAACCGGGCGAGCGUAACUGCUUCGACCAGAGACUCAUAGAGUAUGCUUUGCUUGAAAAUCACGGCAUCAAGUCGUACAGACUGACUUUGGAGGAGAUCAAGGAGAAAACCACCAUCAACAGCGGCAAAUUGUACAUCAAAGCUACCAUGGACGAGGUUUCCGUGGUGUACUACCGCUCUGGAUACGCCCCUUCCGAUUAUUCUGUGAAUCCAGAGAAAACAUGGGAUGCUAGACUCCAUUUGGAAGUCUCCAAAGCGAUCAAAUGUCCCUCCUUGUUGACACAGCUCUCGGGCUCCAAGAAGGUCCAGCAGGUCUUGACCGACGCAUCAAGGGUGAAGGAGGUUUUGGGCGAUGUCUCGCAAGAAGAGCUCGAUCUUUUGCUUUCAACGUUCGUCAAAAUACAUCCUUUGGACGAUACAGCAGCAGGCAAGGAAGCCAAAAGACUUGCACUUGAAGAGCCGGAAAACUACGUGUUGAAGCCACAAAGAGAAGGCGGUGGCAACAAUGUCUACAAGGGCGACAUUCCGGGCCAUUUGAAGGCUUUGGACGAGUCUGAGUGGGGUGCGUAUAUUUUGAUGGAGCUCAUUCAUCCGCCAACCCACAAAAACAAGAUCAUCAAGGACGGCCAGGUGUACAAUGAGGACAUUCUCUCGGAGCUAGGCAUCUUCGGCACGUUGGUGUUCAACGAGGAAACUGGCGAGAUCAAAUCCAACGAGAACGCUGGCUUCUUAUUGAGAUCCAAGUUCAGCUCCAGUGACGAGGGCGGUGUUGCUGCCGGAUUCGGAUGCGUGGACACCGUCUACUUGUACUAA